GUUGAUGUCCUUGUUACGUUACUGUUUUGGUCAAGCACAGCCAUACCUGAGAAUACUGAUAGUGCUCGUUACUUAACAAGUGGUCUUCUGAAAACUGUCAUGACCAGAACACAACAUGAAAAUCGAGCAGUGUUCAGAAACAAUCUGGAAAUUGURAAAACYAUGGUAGAAGUCUGGAAAGACAGGAUUGAAGUUCCUACAAGUGUCAUCCAAGAAGGUUUUUCUGGCGAAGAUCCUUCCAAGAAUGACAAUGCUACAGGAAUUCAAUUGCUUGGCGUGGUCUUGGCUAAUAACUUGUCACCAUUUCAAUCAAGUCACUAUACGGAUGAAAAAAGUUUCUACGCGAAGCUCAUCAACAAUCUGUCGUUUAAAUACAAAGAAGUGCAUGCCGCUGCUGCAGAGGUUAUCGGAAUGAUGCUGAAGCAACUUGCAAAUAAUGGAAAGUUGGCAGACAGUCCGUUAGAGGAUAUGGUAUCAUCCAAGCUACAAUCGUUUGUUACAUCCAACGCAGUCGACACAACCAAGUACAUAACUUGUGUACACAAGCUACAGCUCCACUUUCCACCAAUUGUAGAUAAGUUCAUGAAUCGUAUUCUGUUUAUUCUACCAACGGUGCAUGGAAGUUUUAAGACUCUCUGUCUGGAAAUCAUCCUCUCUCGGGUUGGACAUACAUCGAAUAUUUUUCAAGAACUCAAAUCAAAAGGAUUAAAGGACAUGCUUGGUUUUAGAGAUGAGGAAAUGCACGUUGUACUUCUGAAAAUUAUCCAUGGUUUGCUGGAAAAGCUGUCGAUGAAUGACCUUCAGUACAUCAUGCCAUCCAUAACAGCCAUGUCAACCAGUAGUAGCGUGGUAUGCCGGGAACUCUUGUAUGACAUCCUUAUAUGGAUAUACGAUAUGUACAGAAAUGACCAAAUGUUUAGGGAGGAAGAAGGCGCCGAAGAAGUCCUUGCCUCAGCUAAAGAUUAUUUGUUGCAAGGUUUAAUCGACAAAAAUAAAGAAUUGCGACUAAAAAUGCAGAACUUUUGGAGCGACGAAACACGUCUUCCCAACACAACCCUGGAGAGGCUUGUAGAUGUUCUAAGUGCUAUGUAUUCACCAAAUACAGAAUCGCAGUACUUGAGCUACACGACCAACCUUAUACUGCAUCUUACCUCUGUCAGUCCUGAUUUCAACCGACUCAUUUUUGAGCAGCCUCUAUCAGAAUGCAAGUUUGAGGAUUACCCAAUUGACUACUCAUGGCACCAGAGAAACGCGAGCAUGACCCCCCUGUUCAUUGCUACACAGGGCUCUAUUGCUACAGGAAUGAGUCAGAGCCAGGGGGGUUCCAUGAUGGCUGGCAUGGUCAGAGCUACUCAAUCUCGAGUCUUUACUCCAACCCAAGAUAUGGAAAAAUCUCAAACAUUUGAUUGGCUCAAUCCAAGUAGUCAGGUUGAUGGGCAGCCUGUUCGUCCUUCAUUUGUGGUUGGGACAUCUGAGACCCAGUCCUCUCUCUUAUUUGUCAAAACUCCUGACCUUAAAAGGAAGUACAAGCAGGUACCACGUGAUUUUGGUAGUAAGAGACUGGGAACCACACAGUCAAGCACACAAUCUGACCCACAAGAUUUAAACGAACAGCAAGAAAUCCUAAAACUGAAAAGACGAUUUCUGAAGAAUGACGCCAUUAGCAGGAACUUCUUUGCAAAACGAGAAAUGAUGAGAAAGAAAAUGCGAGAGGAAAUCAAAAGCCGUCAGCAGGCAUCACGUGAUAGUCACGUGGUCAUGUACCGGAAGUACCGUGUGGGAGAUCUCCCUGACAUUCAAAUAAAGCAUUCCGAGCUUAUUGCCCCUUUACAAGCUGUUGCCCAGAAUGACAGCAACAUUGCAAAGCUUUUGUUUUCAUCACUGGUGCAAGCCAUUUUCAAAGAAGCAGAGCAAGAAGGUGUGGAUAGCGUGCGCGAUAUACAAUCAGCACUAACAAACAUGGCGGAAUCCUCGACGCAAUAUUUUGCACCAUUCGUGUCUAGUAUACAGGGWAUUUGCUUCAAUCUCUCUAAGCUGUCCAUGAAGCCUUCAUUAGUUAGUAUUUCAUCGCUCACCAGCCUUCAACAACCCGUCGGGAUCAUGCUCCUUGAGAGACAACUUCUCACAAAUGUUGACGACGGAGCUAAAAAACCAAAACAAGCUCGAUUAGAAAGCAGAACAGACUCUGGAAACACAGAGACUUGGCUUGAACUUGCCAAGUUGUAUCGGUCAAUAGGAGAGUAUGAUGUAGUUCAGGGAAUUUUUAGUGAUCACAUUGGCACACAAGCUAUUACUAAGAAGGCAUUGGAAUUUGAAGCACGUGGGGACUACGCCCAGGCGCUCAAGUAUUAUAACCAGGCAAUGGACUGUGAAGAAUGGACUAAUGAUGAACUAGUCCAGGAAGAAGAGGAUCUAUGGGAUGAUGCUAGACUUAAGUGUUUUGAUCAACUAUCUCAGUGGGAGAAUCUCGAAAAGUUUUCUUUAAUAAAUAUCGACGAGAACGAUCCACCUGACCUGGAUAAAGUGUGGUCAGAAACAUUCUACCAGGAACAUUAUCUGCCAUUUUUAGUUAGAAGUAAACUAAAGCAGUGUUGUGAAGGUGGAGAUACUACUGUCUUGGGUCGGUUUAUGAAUCGAGCAUCACAAUUCGAGGAGAGACAAGCUUUCAUUGAAAGUCGCCAUAGUGAAGAUCUGGCUUUACUGCAUAUCUUAAACAGUGACUACGACAGAGCAAGAUACUACGUGGCCAACUGUUUACAAGGAUUUCUAAUGGAUUGGGCGGGCCUUGACUCAAUGAUGGUAGGAAGUCGCUUGGCAAAGUUACAAUCACUGCAGACAAUCACUGAAAUGAAGGAAUUCCUGGACUUCGUUGCCAAUGAAGAUAAUUUCAGCAGUGCGUUGCCACUCAAACAGCUCUUUGAAAAGUGGUUGUCAAGGUUUCCUGACCGAAAAUUCCAUCCAAUCAGCGUAUGGGAUGACGUCAUAACUAACAGAUGUGUUUUUAUGCAAAAGAUUCUUGACAGAUUUGACAGCACAUCUCAAUGGUCAGAAUCACUGGACUCUCAAGAUGGAAGUUCUGGCCUUAAAAAUGUCGAAAAUCAAGUGAGACGUCAAAAUGUCUUGUUCCACUUAGAAAUUGCAGAGGCUGCCAAGGAACAGUUAAACUUUCCAGUAUCAACAAAGCAUUUACGUCAAGCUUUGAAAGUGAUUAUGGAGGAUCUUAAAGACGAAAGUCUUCAUCUAAAGUGGACGCAUGCGUACACUUGUAUGCAGCACAAAAAAUCGCACACGCUUGCUGCGACAGAGUCAGUGGAAACUGCUAUAACAACCAUUGGUGAACUAGAAAAGUUUUCAGAUAACAGGGAACUUUUACGUAAUCCCGCAAUGGCCUUGCGUCACCAUCUACUGAAAAGUCGUACGUACGACAUCGUUUAUACAGCUAUUGAAAGUGAAGGCGACCAUGUCAUUGGAUCCCUAGAUGAUGUGCAUCGACAACAGCUAUCAACAUUGUGUGGUAAUGCAGAAUCCUCUGAACAGAUUGUAAGUCAGUUGAUGAUUCGUUCCUUCACGUCCCUGCAAAAUGCCAUCAAAACAGCCAAGGGAAUUGAGGAACAAAAUGGACAGUCAAGCAGUAGUAUGRUAGAAGCCAUGAUGGUUAUGGUGAAGUUUUGUGAUUCUGUGUUGCGUAAAAGAGAAGACGACUUAGAAAAUGCGCCACAAAUUGAUGUCAAGCUAUUCCCUGGGAUCGUGGUGCGCUACGUCCUCAAAGCMAUGACAUAUUGUUCAGAAGAAGCACAAAGAAGAUUCCCUCGUUUGCUACARCUUGUGGAAAUCUAUCCUGACACUCUUAAUCCCUUCGUGAAAAAGGCGUCGAUUGUACCAUGUUGGAUGUUUAUUGGAUGGAUCAAUCARAUUGUUGCUUUAAUGGAUAAAAAGGAAGGACCUGCUGUACAUAAUAUUCUACACCAGCUGGCGACCCACUAUCCACAGGCUCUUUGUUUCCCUUUCAAAAUCAGUAGCGAACAGUUUAGUUUUGAAAACUCCAAAGUUGGAAAAGCCAACAAGGAGGCUGUSACCAGRCUUCRUUCUCUUCUUGAAAAUCAACUACUUGAUGAUUUCAUUGCCGCCUUGGAGCAACUCCAAAAUCCACAGCACGCUUUCAAAGACUGGUAUGACGAAAUGAAGCUGCGUUUCGACGAAGUUCAAAAAACUGGAGAUGGAAGUUUGGUUGUCAAAUGCUACAAGGACAUGUACAAAAGAUUACUGGACCAUAAAGCAGCUCAGAGGUCGGCCAGGGAAUCAAGGACUCAGAGUGGAGUUGAAUUAGGAGCAUAUAGAGUGAAAUUGGCCCAGAAAAUUGCAUCAGAUUUCGAGAAGUGUUUUGGAAGCGAUGGCAGCAAGUUGCUAGGAAUGAAAGCCAAGAACUUUGAUGAUAUUUAUCGAGGUAUUAAGCGAAAGAUAGACAAUUUGAAACUACCAGAACCUCGUGGUACCUUAAAGGAGUUUUCCCCAUGGCUAAACAACUUUCAGUCCAGCAACUAUACACAAAAACUCGAAAUACCUGGACAAUACACGGGUCGUUCAAAGCCGCUUCCUGAGUAUCAUGUCAAGAUUGAUAGUUUUGACGAAAGGGUUUUGACCAUGCCGUCCAUUCGGCGUCCUAAACGUAUCACUAUACGAGGGGACGAUGAAAAGGAGUACAUGUUUCUAGUCAAGGGAGGAGAGGACCUAAGAUUGGAUCAGCGAAUAGAGCAACUUUUUUGUGCAAUGAAUGACACCUUGAACGCUGAUCCCGCAUGCAAGAAACGUAGCCUGCGGCUUCGCACUUACGAGGUCAUUCCCAUGACUCCUCGGGUUGGUUUGAUUGAGUGGAUGACGAACACUAAACCACUCAAAUCCGUCCUUGAAGGUGAGAUGACAAGCACUGAACUACAGCAAUUCAAAAGACUUAUGCAAAUGCACGACAGCUGGAUCCAAAAGUACUGCAUCUCGUCUACACCUCAUAACCCAAAGGCAAGAUAUGGCGCAAUGUACAGCAAGGCAAGUCGAACGGAAACGGAAACUGAUUUUCUAAAGAAACAGGGGCAGGUGCCGGGGGAUAUAUUAAGGCGAGCCUUUACCAAGUUAGCUGCAUCUCCAGAAGCAUUUUUGACUCUCCGUUCACAUUUCGCUCGCACGCAUGCGUGUUUAUGUAUUUGUAAUUACUUGGUUGGGAUUGGAGACCGUCAUUUAUCUAAUCUAAUGAUUGAUACUGUAACUGGUGGGAUGGUAGGAAUUGAUUUUGGCCAUGCAUUUGGCUCAGCUACUCAGUUUUUACAAGCCCCUGAGCUGAUGCCGUUUCGUUUAACACGACAAAUCGUCAAUCUUCUUCUUCCGUUGAAAGAAUCGGGUUUGCUUCGUAGCACGAUGAUUCAUACAMURCGUGCACUAAGAGAAAACCACGAACUACUCCUCAAUACAAUGGAUGUGUUUGUCAAAGAACCAUCGCUGGACUGGAAAGUAUAUGCUCRAAAACAAGCCGCUUCUCAAGGAAUAAAAGAAGAAGACGAAAAAGAUUCAGCGUGGUAUCCUAAAGAGAAGGUUAAGACAGCAAAAAAGAAGUUCCUUGGUGCAAAUCCUGCCUUCAUCACCAGGGACGACAUUCGUCUGGGACACGGUAAUAGAGGCAAGGAGUUCGAGGGGAUGAAAGCAGUUUGCCUUGGUGACAAGAAAGUCAAUAUACGAGCAAGAGUACCAGAAAAUGGUCUGACGGUAGAAACACAGGUGGACUGCUUAAUCGAUCAAGCCACAGAUCCUAACCUUCUCGGUCGAACCUAUGCUGGAUGGGAACCUUGGGUCUGAGUUGGGAAAWCCGCUUAUAUACUACAGACYUUAGUUUCRCUUCCURCAGYUUAUYGAAGAAAUGUUGUCACGUUUAAAAACGUAUAUCAGUUAAGGUAGGGCCGAAGAGUUGUAUGGGAUGCUAUUUAAUGAUAGGCAGGUUAUUCUAUGAUUUGUUUAUAAAACAAGAAUAUCAUACAUGUACAACUAAAUUGAAUUUUAUUAUCGUUAGUAUUUCAAUUAUAACUGGAUCAUUGAUCAAACACUUCUAUAAAUCUACUUGUUUUGAAUUUGUCAAAUAAUAAUUCUUGAGUACCUACAUCAAACAAUUGCACUUGUUUAAAAUACGAAAAAGUAAGUAUAAAAACGAGCCGUAGCCGAUCGAGCUCGAUAGCACAAUGUUUUCUCCACUUGAGUUAGUAUAUAGUAUUAUUAACACAUCGUUGCAAUGUAAUUAGAGCGAAAGCAGCGGUUUAGGACAAUAUCGUGUAUGCUAGUUAGAAAAAUACGUUCAAUAUUACGAUUGUACAUUUAAGAUGUACAGAUUAAUAAAUGCUUUAAUAACUUGAUGCGUAA